AUGAAAGAUUAUUUAUUAGAAGAAGAUAAACUGAAAUUAAAUAUAAGAAAGUGCUAUUUUGAAAGAGAUGUAAUUAAAUCAAAAAUAGUAAAUUAUUUAAAUAGAUUAACUUACUUAUCUUCAGAUGAUAGAGAUGAAAAUAAUAAUAAAACGAAGCAGAAAAGGAUGCAUUCAAGUGAAUAUUUAGAUAAUUUGCCUGAUUUUAAAAUAGAAAAAAGGCCAAAAUUAGAAGAAGAUGAAUCAACAGUAACUAGGAAUAAAAGGUUACUACAAAUAGGAUUAUUUGAUCACUUAAAAAAAGCUAAAGAUGCACUAGAACAAGAAAAAAGCAGUAAAACAGUAAUACAACAUCAUUUGCAAAGCAAAAAGGUUGAAGAAAAAAUAAAAGAAGAAAAGAAAAAUUUUGAAAAAAGUGAAUUAGAAGAUAUGGAAAAAAAAAUAAUUGCUUAUGUUAAAGAUAUAAAAAAAAUUGAAAAAAGUAUAAAACAUGAUGAAGGAAAAUUAAUGAAAUUAAAUUUAAUUAAUCAUUAUGAUAAAAUGAAGAAUUUUAUUAGUACUAAUACUUAUCCAACAAUAUUCUGGUGUCCUUUGAAAUUUAACGAGAAAACAAAAAUUCUACAAAAGAAUACAGAAAAUUUUAUUAAAAAAAAAAUUAAUGCUAUAAAAUCAACAAAUUACGAAGUCAAUUUCAAGGAAGAAAAUUGGUUAGAUCAAUUUCAAGAAUUAAAAAAAAAAGUAGAAAAAAAAAAUAAAAUAUCAGAUAAUGUAUUUGAAAAUAACAACAGUGAAAAAGAAAAAAAUGAUUUAAACGAAAAAGAAAAAAAUGAUUUGAAUGAAAAAGAAAAAAGUGAUUUAAACGAAAAAGAAAAAAAUGAUUUGAAUGAAAAAGAAAAAAAUGAUUUAAACGAAAAAGAAAAAAAUGAUUUGAAUGAAAAAGAAAAAAAUGAUUUAAAUGAAAAAGAAAAAAGUGAUUUAAACGAAAAAGAAAAAAAUGAUUUGAAUGAAAAAGAAAAAAAUGAUUUAAAUGAAAAAGAAAAAAAUGAUUUAAAUGAAAAAGAAAAAAAUGAUUUAAAUGAAAACGAAAACAACAUAGAAUAUAAAAAUGAAAAUAACUCUACAGAAGAAAUAAAACAAAAUAAUGAAGAUAAUAAUAAUAAAGAAUUUAUACUAAAUAAUGAUAAGAAUGAAGAAAGUAAUUUAGAGGGUGGCUGUAUUAAUAAAAAUGCUGAUAAUGAUUAUCAGAAUAUUACUAUAAAAGAAAACUUAAACAAAAAAGUAAAAGAAAAAAUAAAAAAAAACUCACAUGAAAAAGUUAAUAAAAAGGAAGAAGAUGAUUCAAAUGAAGUUGUGAAAGAGCAUAGUAAAAAUACUGUAAAAGACAAUCCAGAUGAAGAUGUAAAAGAGAAUAGUAAAAAUAAAAUAAAAGGUAAUUCAAAUGAAAACUUGAUACCAAAUAUAGAAAAAAAAUAA